GUCAACAACAACAGUGCAGAACGAAAAAAAAUAAUAAAAAAAAAGCUUGAGGUGACUUUGAUGAUGGUAGAUAGUACUUCCCAUGGUCACAACUCACAAGCUUUUGUUCCAACAGGAGGGGUGGUGGGGUUAAUUUUUCAUGAUUAAAAGCAGAAAUUAGAAUGUUAAAAAGCUAAUGUGGAGUGGGAAAAAGUUAAAUUCUACUUCAAAGGCUUCAGAUUUUUUCGCUCAUGAUUGUUUUAUGUUUUUUGAUUGACCUAUCUUUUCACUUUCACUUUUGUUGUGUGUUCUUCUCAACCUCAACCUGGCUUCUGUGCUUUUCACUUUCAACAACCACCACCACCAUAGGGUUUCAACUUUGAAGCUAAUUAUGUUUAUGGGGUUUUGGUUUUGCACCCCGUUUUUGGUUUUGUUUGGUUUUCAGGUACUCUAUUGUAAUGAGCUUUUGUUUGUGCAACAUCAUUAUCCUUUCCUCAAUCUUGUAGCUGAGGUGACAUUAUAUAUUUAGCUCAGCAUCACUACUGGUUUCUCGAACCUAAGCAGCGAAGGAGAUGUGUGGCUGAUUCAAUUCUAAAGGGACCAGAAACAAGCACAUCUGAAUUUCAAUUGUUAAUUUACCAUGUAUACGAGCCAAGCCUUUUCUUCAGGGUCCUAUGCGGAUAUGUUGUCUGGGAAUCCUCUUUUACCUCAUAACUACAGUGAAACUGUAGAAGGACAAAAUGAGUUGAAGUUCAUCACAUCCAUGAGGGACACAAUGACUAUGCAGCCUAUUGAUGGGCAUUCCAAUGCCGCCGCCACAGGUGAUUCAGAGUCUUUUGUGAAUGCUGGAGAUUCCCAUUCCCAUGUUAUUCCAAGGACAACACAAUUGGGAGUUGUGGAGAGUGAGCAAAAUGUACUGAACCAAGGCUUGUCUCUUAGCCUUGGCUCAGUGAUGCCUUCUAUUGCAUCUGUCCCUACCUUUCCAUAUCAGUAUCCCGGCACCAGUUUCUCUUCACUUAUGACUGCUUGUAUCCCAAAUUCAAAGGACUCUUCAUCUCAUAAAGAUGAUGAGACCAGCCUACAAAGGGAAUUGAGAAAUGCUGAGUGCAUGGCAUCUUUAGCUUCUAGAGGAUUUCACAAAAGGGAGGAUUUGUAUAAUCCACAUGCCUCAAUGUGCAUUAGUGAAGGCCGAAAUGAUGGAUUGCAAGGUUUUUCCAACAAUGUCUUGAACUCACAAUACCUCAAGGCAGCACAGGAGUUGCUUGAUGAAAUAGUAAAUGUCCGAAAGGCUUUGAAGCAAACUGGUUUGGAAAAGCAACAGAGUUUCCGUGAUAUUGGUUUAGAUGGCUCCAAAGAUUCAGAUGGAAAAUCUACCAGCCAAUCCGUGCAGAUAUCUUCAGGCCCCAAUGGUUCUGCUGCAAACUCUUCAUGUGAGCUAUCACCUGCAGAACGGCAGAAUUUGUUGGACAAGAAGACAAAGCUUUUGUCAAUGCUGGAUGAGGUGGAUAAAAGAUACAGACAGUACUGCCACCAAAUGCAGAUUGUGGUGUCAUCUUUUGAUAUGGUUGCUGGAUGUGGAGCAGCUGAACCAUACACUGCACUUGCCUUGCGCACAAUAUCGCGCCACUUUCGGUGUUUGCGCGAUGCCAUUAGCAGCCAAAUUCAAGUGACUCAAAGGAACCUCGGAGAACAAGAGGGAAUACCUCGUCUCCGCUAUGUUGAUCAGCAGCUUCGGCAACAAAAGGCCCUUCAGCAACUUGGUGUAAUGAGACAAGCUUGGAGGCCUCAGAGGGGACUUCCUGAAACCUCUGUUUCAGUACUCCGUGCAUGGCUCUUUGAGCAUUUCCUUCAUCCUUAUCCUAAGGAUUCAGAGAAAAUUAUGCUAGCAAGGCAAACUGGCUUAACAAGAAACCAGGUGGCAAACUGGUUCAUUAAUGCAAGGGUGCGUCUAUGGAAGCCAAUGGUUGAGGAAAUGUACAAAGAAGAAUUUGGUGAUUCUGAGAUGAGCAGCAAUCUAUUAUCAUCAGAGAACACACUCAAAGCUCCAAGAGAUGAUGUUCAAGCUUCUGACAAUAAAAGGGAAGAGUCCCAGGACAACUUAAUAAACGUUGAUGAUAGUGUUCAGCAUCAUGGGUUGAAGUUAGAUCAUGCCUCGGAAUUGGACAGAGGGAUCCAAAGCAGUGAUCAUGGAGAAAAUGCCAUGGAUCCUAGAAUUGGAAAAUUGCAAGGUGACCAAAGGUUCAACAUGAACAACAGCAAUAACAAUAGUCCUUAUUAUGGUGAUGGCUGCGUAAUGGCUUCUACUCCUGCCACAUAUGAUUUACCAGAGUUAGGUAACAUUGCUGUCGAUGGCCACGUGUCGCUUGCAUUGGAAUUGAGGAACUGUGAAAGCCAAGGAUUUGGUGUGUCAAAUGAUGACAUGCAUAAACGACAUAAGAAAACAUUGGCUUCUUCCCCAGAGACUGAUUUGCUAGAUUACCAUUUCACAGACCCAGGAAAGCAACAAAACAAAUUUGGCAAUCCUCACCUAUUGCACGAGUUUGUUGUGUGAAGAAGGGUUGGAGAAAAUUCUAAAGUUUUCAAGGGAACUAAGGAAAUGUGUACCACCAAAGUAGUAGAUAGAUAGACAAAAGCCUAUGUUGUUGUUGUUAACUUGGUUGCUCAUUCUUGUUGUCCACAGUUCAUAAAAAGCGAUGUAAAUCAUGAACCGUACAAAAAAUAUACACGUAGGUAUGUGUAGAUAUAUUCUCUUGUAAUAUCGUGGAUGGAUGAUUGGUUGUAUCAUGUGCAGGCAAUUUUUGUAAGGACAAGGAACUUAUCUUGUGCAUCAUGAUGUAUAAGGGAAUCUUGUCAAAAACGUAAAAGGAGUACUACCAUCUAUCUGAAUGCAUUGACUCUUGUGCACAUUAUUGUAGUUCGUGUCUUUCAUGAAUGACGAUGCUUCACAAUUACAUGAGGAGUACAAACACAUUAAUUAUUAAUAUUGUUAA